UUCAUGCUUUUAUUUUGCCGGCAGCAUCACGUGACUGUGAUUCAGCUGAUUGGGUCACAUGACUGUACGUCACGGCGCUCAUGGCCGCGCAGCAGCUGAUAGAAACACCGAGGACAUAAACAUUUAAUCCGCAAAACCGAGAAACAACUAUGAGGAGGUCAGGUAGCUGUUGGCAGUAAUCUGAGUGUUUGGAGACUGGAAAGUGUGCCGCCAUGCACCCGUUUGGGCGUGAGCAGGAAAACUCCAGGCAGGACUUGUUUGGCUUUUUCACACAAUGUUUACAGCAUGGAGAGUGGGAGCUGGCGGCCGCCUGUGUCCAGCAGCUCGGCCAGGCCGCUGGAGACAUCCCGCAGAAACCAAGCGACAUCAUCACUGCCAUCGUCACCCACCCUUACCCACUGCGGUGGGAAACAGUGGGAAGCCCUCACAGACUGGCCUGGUUCUGGCUGCAGGUCCUUGAGAAACACUCAAAAGACAAGGUGUGUGAAUCAGUAAGGAGAGAGUUGGCCUUUUUGCUGCUUUUAGAGGAGCUUGGAGAUGAGGUUCCUGUGACUGUACUAAAGGAGCUGCACCAGGCCUUCCUGGACUCUGAGCUUGUUGAGAAGAAGGACCCCCACCCCUCAGUGUUCCGGCUGAGCGAUGCUGCUCUCUCCUGUGUCAGCUCCCUGCUGUCCCGGGGCAGGCCGAGGCUGGCUCACGCUCUGCUUGGCUUCCUGAAGGACCGUGGGUUACAGGAGGUGUUCCUCCAACAGCUUCUGGAGCGGGUGACAGCGGAGGAACAGAGCGAGGGAUGGGCAGAGGAGGUGUGUGCCAUGCUGGUUCUGCUGCCUUGCAGUGCUGGAAUCUCUGGAGCCCAGCUGGAGCCCCUGUGGGAAGGGCUGUGGAGGGCCCGGGAUGGACCCCUGAGCGAAGUGAAGGUGCUCGGGUGCCUUCUGCGGCCACAAAAUCAAGCUCUGCUCACUUUAUACUGCUCCGCAGUGCUCCGACUGCUCCGAGCCAGGCUGCUCCAGGAGGCACCACACACACAAGUGGACUUACCUGAAGCAGAGAGGGUCACGCUUGGCUUGUGUUGUCACAGCGACCGGCCAACAGUUUGGAAAGUCAUGUACUUUGAGUGCCUGAGCAGUGGGAAACACUUUCUGGAGCAGGUUCUGGUAACUGGGCUUGACCUUAUAAAGAAGGAGGAGUUUGCAAAAUUGGAGGCGUUAUUAGAGGUGGAGUUUCAGCCACUGUCCCGCCUCCUGCUGCUGUUGGGAUGGAAGCACUGUCAGAGCCUUGACUCCGCCCAGAUGCUUCUCAGAAUUCUUCAUCAACAGCAGGCCCAGGCUAAUGAUACUAUACUAGGCGAGUUUGUGAAUAUCCUCUCCUCUCAGCUAGGAGUGCUGGAGUGGUGUGUCAAGAACAACCCGGGGAUAUCCCAGGAGGCCUUGCUGUCUCAGUUACGCACUCUGGAUCACCAUUCUGCUCUAUAUGUGCUGCACUCUCUCACUCCUCUGGCCAAGUGUGAAGAGCGGAGAGUUUUGGAGCUACUGAAAGCAGCAGGAGAACCAUCGCUGGGAGACACUCACAACAGCUCUGUCCAGCGGAACCUUACACUAUUCAGAGGCUUUUGUGCCAUGAAGUACGCUGUGUAUGCUGUGUGUGUAAAUGCGCACACACACUCUGGCUGCUCCAGCUGCGGUUUGCUGCACAUUCAGCAGAAAGAACAAGCUCAGGAGACACAGGACAGUGAAGGGCAUUCUUCACUGUUUCAGCAUUACCUUUCGGAAUGUCAGCUCUACCUGGAAACAGUUCCUGCAAUAUUCCGCCUGGAGCUCCUGGAAAACAUCUUUUCUCUUCUCUUUUUGUCUGAUGGCGAUUUUAACCUUCAAACCGAGCCAUGUCCUGCCGCCACAGUGACCCAAAACAGUACUGCUGCAGAGACAGAGCAACAGACCCCCAGCAGUGACAAGCUCAUGGAAGACAGUAGUGUAAAAUCAGAGAAGGUGGCAGACGAGGGGAGAAGUGCUGGAGAGCCAGACAGAAAGGAAAUCUGUUGGCGUAUGAAUUCCAGUCAUGUAUUGCCUGAGCUGAGCCACCUGCUGUCAGGCUGCCGGGGGUUUCUGCUGGAUGCCUGUGGGAUGGAGGGUGUCCUGCGGCUGCUGAGGGAGGGCCUGGAGGGAAUGUCUGCACUCGGUCAGAUGGACGGCCGGGCGCUGGGUGCAGAGGCGGAGCUGGCCGAGAGCCUCGGCUGCUCAGUUUCAGUAGAUACGUUCAGUUCUCGCUUACAGAGGUUGUCCAAACGAACGGCCGAAGCAACCUGGAGGCUACAGAUCAUCACUAGUAACCAGGGCAAUGGAGCAGGUGGGCCGGAUCUGCCCUCCCCAGGAUUAAGCUCAACUCGGUUUCUGAGACGCAGCAACAGCAGUGAGGUUUCUAGUGUGAGGAGAAAGAAAAGAAGCCAUCGCCAUCGCUCAGAGCAACACGUCUCCUCUGAACGACAGAAUGGAGAAGUUAGUGCCAGCACAUCAGAUGGUGGCAGUGUUGCAGCGAUGUGUGUGGAGCAGGAAGGGUGUGUGUUCGGUGGCCCUCACACCUGGCUAGUUCCCGCCAUGCUGUCCCCUCCUGAGUCUCUCCUCAUCUCCUGCAUCAGCAAGGGCAACUACAUGGAGGCCCACCAGGUGAUGCUGAUGUUUGGACUGGAGAACGCCUCAUGUUCUGGGGAGCUUCUCUUCAUGGAGCGUUAUCGUGAGGUCCUGGUGGAGCUGGCCCAGGUGGAGCAGAAGAUCGAGAGCCAGUCAUUAUCUUCUUCAUCAUCAUCUUCAGAGGGCCUGGGGUCGGUAGGGGUCACGGUUCCUGGCCGUAGCCGUCUAGGCAGCAGCAGCAGAUCCACCCUGCAGAGCAUCGGCAAUGCAGCUGCAGCAGGCAUGGCCUUUUACUCCAUCUCAGAUGUAGCUGACCGGCUGCUCAGCACCCCUGCUCGUCCGCUGCCUUGCCUGGAGGAGAGUUACUGGAUCUCUCGGCAACUCUCAGACUCCUCGCUCCAUUUACUCCCCCUGCUGGAGGAGCUGAGUCCCGCUGCCAUGGCCGCCUUCGACCUGGCCUGCUGCCAGUGCCAGCUGUGGAAGAGCUCACGACAGCUGCUAGAGACGUCUGAGAGGAGACUGCACGCUUCACUGGAGACCAGAGUUGUCAGACUGGAUCCAAAGCUUCUUCACUGUGAAGAAAUCCACGGCUUUCCCUCCGUUUUGCAGCAGAUCAGCAAGAUCGUUAACAGAACAGCUGCUGGAAAAGGUCCUCCGAAGUCAGACUGUAAUGGAGACGAUGGCAUGGUUUUGGCUCCGUUUGGCUGCAGUGCUCAGGAGGUGCUUCUGUGUUGUUAUCCGUCUCUAACGGAGGAAAGCAUUGCAGCCCGACUCACCCUUACCCAGCGUCUAGAGGUCACUCUGCUGACCCUGACCUCUGCCACAGAAACAGCUGGUGAGAACCAGUCCUGCAGCUGGGUUUUGGCGUCUCUGCUGGAGCAGGCCGGGAUGAAGUCUUCAGAGCUGGAUUCUCACCCUGUACGCUCUGCCAUGAAACAGCUGUUGCGCUCAUUGGACCAGCUCUGCCCAUUUGAGCCAGACAGCGCCACCUCCAGGCCAGACUACAUGCGCAGCUUUUUGGAUUACAUCAACAUGCUGGCGUCAGUGUUGGUCCGCAGUUUGGGAUCUGAAGAUCAGAGUUUGGAGGUGAAAUUGGGAAACCCUCUCUUGGUGCUGCUUAAGUCUCCUACCCAGCUCUUCUCACACCUGCUCUUUGACAGACAGGUGGCACCUGACAGGGUAUUGUCACUGCUGCAUCAGGAGGGCCUGCAUGUGAGCGUCCAGCAGGUUAUAGUUCAGCGCUGCUGUGAGCCCCUCCCUCUGUUUAACCCCUACACCCUGAAGGUCACAGGUGUCAAUGGAGGAGUCUUUGGUUCGGCCAGCAUCUCCUCUCUGAUCAAACAGCACGCACAGGAGCACGCGCCCACCCUCCUCGACCUUUCUGACCUCUCUGAUAUUCCAGACACCACUCCAGCCUCUGAUCCAAGCUCAGAAUCCGAAAUUUCUGUGGAAACAAAUCUUUCUACCUCCCCGCCUUCUCCUUCAUUAUCAUCCUCCUCUUCUUCAUCCUCAGCCUUCCUCCUCACGCAGUCAGCUCUGUCUUUCCUGAAGUCACGCUCUCCUCUGGUUGCCUGUCUGGCAUGCCUCAGUGCUGCCCGGGGUGAGGUUGUCCGUCCAGGUCCCUCUUCAGGGUGGCCAGGGCUGCCCUCGUAUUUCAGGAGCGGAGGGCGCAAAGAGGCGCCGCUGGACGCAGAGCAGAUCUCCAAAGAGGCAGAGGCACUGCUGCGGGAAUUCCCAGUGCUUAGGGCCUUCCUGCGGGACUCAGCCCAGCCAGUGUUGGGAUUGGCCGAGGGUUCGGAUGGACUAGGGGUGGCUCUGUGUGGGAAAGCCACAGUGGGAAUGUUGUUUGGGGGGCCACAGGGUGGGACUGGGCAAGCCCUGGCAGCCGAAGCUUUUCAGCAGGCUCUAAAUGGAGGAGAACUGGAUCGAGCAUUGGCUUUGUUGGAGCUGUAUGCUCAGAGCAGCCAGCAGGAGGCGCUGAAGGACAGACUACUCGCAUGCACUGCACUUGAAGGAGACCAUGGAACAGAGCAGUUGUUUCGGGUGAAGGACUGGCAGCUUCGUGGCCGUGUGGCUCUGCAGGGUUUGGAGCGCUGGCCUCUGCAGAGCUGCCUGGAUCUGCUGCGCUACUGCCUGAGUGACUCGAGCCCUGAGGAGCCGCUGACGCUGCAGCUGCAACAGAAAAAACAGGAACUAGACAUGUACAACAAGAUGCUGAGCCUGCAGCCGCUGUUGGAAUGGCAGACAUGGCAGGAAUUAAAGGAGGAGUCCAGUAGAAAUCCAGAGUCCAUGCUGUCCCUCCUCCUGCAGACACGGGAGUUUGAGCUGUGUGCUCAGUGGGUGCAGCUAUAUCCUGUGUCAAAGCAGUCUAAACUACAGCUCCAGACAGAACACCUGCUUUACCUGCUGGAGAAGGGGCGCACAGAGGAGGCCUUCCAGCUCCUGGAGAGCCUGUCUGAACCACUGGCUCUGGAGGUCAGUGAGAGCGCUCUGGAUCGAAGGCCCGGACUGGCUGCCUGCCACUUCCUGUCUGAUUACCUCACGCUGCACUUUCAGAGUCAGAUGACUCUGGCCCGGAGACGCCACAUACACGCGCUGCACCUUGGGUCUAAGGUGUUGCUGACUCUUCCGGAAGCUUCUCGGCAGGACUACUUCCAGCUCUUGGCGGAGCCUCUGCUCAUGCUGGAGCAGCUACUGAUGAACCUGAAGGUGGAUUGGGUCUCGGCUGCCGUCUCCACACUCCGGAACCUUCUGCCUGCACAGGAUGCCGGCAUCACCAAUGACCACAUUGACACGCUGCUGGCUGAGUACGGCCGUAAAGCCCUCGAUUUCCCCUACGCCCCCCGCGAGAGGUCACGCAGCGACUCAGUUAUCAGCCUGCAGGAGCUCUCUCUGCAGUGUCCUGCCCAGGACAGCACUCCGUCCUCCCCCAGCCACACACCACCCCCCUCAGCAGGUAGUACUCCCAUUCACACCCCAUCUAGCUCCACCUAUGACCGAGAAAGAGGCUCCACUGGAAAAAGGCAACGUUCUUUGGCUACCCUCUUUACACCCCCCGAGAAAAUGCCAGAGCGCAAAGACUGGAUACCUGACCACCAGAAGCAUAUUUGUAUGGUCUGCCAACGGGAGAGGUUUACCAUGUUUAACCGGCGGCACCACUGCAGGCGCUGUGGCAGGCUGGUGUGUCAUGCCUGCUCUACCAGGAAGAUGGUGGUAGAUGGUUAUGAGGAGCCUGUCAGAGUGUGUGACCAAUGCUACAACUUCUUCCAUCCAGAUUCUGAUGAAGAGCUGGAGCGAGCAGAAGUAGCUGGCAGCCCUGUCUCAAUGGAUGGGAUUCUGGAUGGUGUUCUCAGUCUUCCUGAGGUGCCCCAGAAGAAGUAUCGGCUCAGCCCGAACCCAGUCGACAACCAACAGAUAAACAGCGAGUUCUACUAUGAACAGGCGCCCAGUGCUUCCCUGUGUGUUGCCAUCCUCACUCUUCACAGCGACCAUGCUGCCUGUGGCCACCAGCUGAUUGGCCACUGCCGAUCUAUAUCCCGUAAACUAACCAAUCCCGAGGUGGACGCCCGCCUCCUGACAGACGUGAUGCAGCAGCUGAUGUUCAGCGCUAAGCUGAUGUUCGUCAGAGCCGGACGCAGCCAAGACCUGGCUCUCUGUGACAGUUAUAUCAGUAAAGUGGAUGUGCUGAAGAUUCUGGUCAGUGCCAAUUAUAAAUACAUCCCGUCUCUGGAUGACAUUUUGGAGACUGCUGCAAUAACACGACUAAGGAACCAGCUGCUGGAGGCUGAGUAUUAUCGGCUGGCGGUGGAGGUGUCUACCAAAAGUGGCCUGGACCCUAGUGGUGUGUGGCACGCAUGGGGGCUGGCAUGCCUGAAGGCCGGCUGUCUGAGCGGAGCCCGAGAGAAGUUCUCUCGCUGUCUAAAAGCUCCUGUGGACAGAAAUCAGCUGAACAUGGGCACCAGACUGCUGCAGGAGAUCGUCCAGCAUCUGGAGUCCACUGUCCGGCCUACGCAUAGCACGGCAGUGGAUGAGGAUAUCCUGGCCUCUCUGGCAGAGUUGGAAGAGGCUCUACGGGAUCCGGCUCCUGUUGAGCGUGUGGAGGGCAGAGUACAGCGCUGUGGUCACUAUAAUGAGUGUCUGUACUAUCUCCUGAACUACGGUACUCACCUCAGCCUCAUCAGCUUCUAUCUGCGGCACGAUGGCCUGAGGGAUGCUCUCACACAUCUGCAUAACAAGGAGUGUCCUGAGGACGUGUUUCUGGAGGGUGUCCUAAUGCCCUGUUUGGAGCGCGGGCGUUUGGGGGCGCUGCAAGCACAGCUGGAGUCUCUAGACUCCUCAUUAGAAAACUGGGGGCGGUACCUCCUGUCAGCCUGUCAGCUUCUCCAGCGUAAAGGCCAUUAUCACACACUCUUCCAGCUACAGCAGUUUAUGAUGGACCACAUUCGCGCUGCAAUGACAUGUAUCCGGUUCUUCACGCAUGGUGCACACUCAUAUCUGCAGCUGGGUGAGCACCAGCGCUGGCUGGUUCGUGCCAAAGAGCACCUGAAGACGUACCUGCAGGAGCAGCAGAACCGCAGGAAGCCUCACUCCACUGCCCCCUCCUUUAGGAAAAGGAUGAGCUCCAGUGACGUCUCCAGACACAUAAACACAAUCGAGCUGCAGCUGGAGGUGACGAGGUUCCUGCAUCGCUGUGAAAGCUCCUCCCCCUCCAAAUCAGCCAUAAGCUCCGCCCCUUCAGGGAACGGUACUCCUCCCACCCUGUUUGGAGCCAGCCCCAUGAAAGUGGACGUGGCCUGUAAGGUGAUGUUGGGGGGGAAGAACAUUGAGGAGGGAUUUGGCAUUGCUUAUCGAGUCAUACAGGAUUUUCAGUUGGAGGCUCUGGCAGUGUACGAGCGCGUGGGCCAGAGACUGGUGAGGCAGCGGCAGUACCAGGCCAUCCGGCAGCUGCUGAAGUGUGUGGGCGAGUCAGGCACGGCCACUAAAAGCGACUGUGAUGCCAUUAUCCUCAGCUGUGUAUCAGUAGCAGAGAAAAUUCCAGCAGAUGCCAAAGAGUUGGAGGCUCUAAUUUUAGAGUCUAAAACAGCAGAAAAUAAGAUAAAGGCGUAUCUGCAGUGCAGUAAGCUGAGGGCAGCAUACCUCCUGGCUGUGAAGAUGGAUGUAGCUAAAGCAGGGCUGCUGGUGCAGGACGUCCUUCAAGCAGCCGAAAGCUCCGGCGACUCAAUCAUGCAGGACAUCUGCCGUCAGUGGCUCUCUGAACACCAGGCUUCACGGCAGCGGCACAGCAACAACAGGUAGCCAGCGACUAAUGACUCGAACCCCAUCAGCCUACUGGAAGCUGGAGCACUGCUCUGAUUGGUUGAUGUGGGUUUGCGUGGAUGCUGCUUGUGUAUUUCACCAAUGUGCCAUCUUUGUCACAUGACCAGGUCACGUGACUUGAGAAGCCAAAUCCAAGGCCAACAGGUAGCCCUUCAUCACACGCACUCCUGAAAGUAUGAAGUGUGACUCAGACUACGGAUUCACUCAUUUCUGUGACGUUACUGCUACAUUAAGCCAGUCCUGCAAAACUAAGAGCACAAUUUUUAUUUUGAAGCAGGUGCUAAAUUAAACCAGUUUCACCAGUUUAGAUAAACUGCAUAGUUUACAGUGAAGUUCAGCCAAGAGCAAAUUUGUUUGGCUGAUUCUAAGAGAAAGUCAGUGGGCCUUGAUGUAGUUUACAUUAUUCUGAGCGAGGACUGCUGACUCUCACUUUGAGUCGGCUAAAUGUGAGGUUUAUGUAUUUUGGUCAAAUUCUCUUCUUGUUUUCUUUUUUUUCUUCUUUUUUUUGUGAAGAGGUGUUUUAGAUUUGAUUAAACCCAGUCAGUAUUGAGAAUCCCUGAUUUCUGUAAAGUACUGGAUUUGUAUUAUUCCUCGAUAAGCAAAAUUAUUGAGUGGUUUAGUGUAAAAUACUCUGUAUAACUUUCUGUAUAAACUUUUUGAGCCAGAAAUGUUCAAUACAGUGGUAAAUGUCAUGCCUCUAAAUAUUUGCUCCUUUAAAAAAAAAAACUUUAAAAACACAACUGUUUGAUUGAGGAAUAUGUGCAAAGCUUUAUAAAGUAUAAAGUAUAUAGUCCCUAAAUAAUAAUUGUUCUUCAUUUUUGGCACUAUUUUACCAUUUUACCAUUAGCAUAAAAUGGAAAUGGAAUGAUGUCAACAUCAAAGAAUGUUUUAAAUCCCAGAUUACUAUAGAAAUUUUUGUUGUCAGGAACCUUUGCACAGUCUCAGAGAGAAGCCUGUUAAGGCUACACACAACAGUAACAAUGAAAGCAAAUUUUCAUGCCUAAUGAAUAAAGUUGUUUCCAAUCCUGAAAUAAUCUGCUGUAAAUAUUUCCAGUGUUUUUAGAGCCAUUUUUCACUUGUCCCUUGAAAAGCCAGAUGUAAACACCCCCAAGACGCACUGGAUCACUGAAACCACAUUUAAAGGUGGUCAGAUUGUCCACAAAUGGAAACAAAACAUGUUUUCUGUGAACAGAUUUGAUCAGACAAGUGGAAAUAGAUCAUCACAACCUCAAAAUAGAUUACCGCAAUACAAACGUACAAAUGUAGCAAAUUUAUUCACUAUGCAAACCCACUUUGGAAUGUCCAUAAUGUUAAACUAGUGGCGAAUCUGGAAAAAAUAAACAAAUAAUAUUUAGGGACUAUUUUGCCACGAAUGCUUGAAAAAAGACUCCUUUCAUGAAUUCUGCUGAAAACUGUGGUAAAAUAUUGUGUUAAUAACUAAUUGAUAUAAUAACUUUCUGUGAGGAGGCAUUUAGAGGUAUUAAACUUUAUAUAUAGUUUCGUUCUCUGGCAAAUCAGUUUACACUAAACCGCUCAAUCUCAACGUCCCAAUUCUUACCACUUAAUUAUGCAGGAAUUUAGGACUUGAAAAAGUUUUAAUUUUUAGGUUGACUUAAAGGAGUACUCCGGUGUAAAAUUGCCUUUGGUGUAGUAAAACAUGAUAAAAGUAAUUACCUUUUUUUUUAAAUAGCCCACCACUGCUCUCCUACAGUUUUCUGAGAUACAGGAAUUUUAUAAUUUUUGCCCAGCACUCUUUACAACAGCUGUAAAUCGCUUUAUUUACACUGUUAUCCAGGCUCAAAGUAGCUCUACACCUCUUUGGUAGAAUCCGGAUAGCCCUGACGUUUAAAUCGAGACAUUAAGAACUUUAGAAAUGCACAAGCUUAUUAAAAAAAACACCAGGAGGCAGGCUUUGUGGAGUCUAUGUAUAUAUGUCUAUGUCAUUAUCAGUACAAUAAUAGUGGCACCCAGAGCUACAAAGAAGCGCUACGAGUUAUAAACAGUGUUUUUAAUAAACUUCUUGUGCACUUUAAAGUUCUUAAUGCCUCGUUUUAAAUGUCAGGGCUCUCCAGAUUCUAGCAAGGAGGUGUGGAGCUACUGGAGCCUGGAUAAUGGUAUAAAAAGCGAUUUAUUGGAGCAAAAUAUGCCACAAUAUGGCCGUUGUACAGAGUGGUGGGCAAAAAGCACAAAAUUACUGCAUCACAAAAAGCUGUAGAAGCGUGGAGGUUUGCUAUUCAACAAAGGUAAGUACUUUUUAUCAUGUUUUACUACGGUAUGGCUUGGGGAUCAAACCUGUGAUCUUACUGAAGGGGAACGCAUCAGUUUUUCCAGUAUUAAUCUCACUUUCACUGUCCUACCUCAGGUGAAUUGGGUUCUUUUUUAUUAGCAUUCCCGUUGAUCCCUAAAGCAUUUGGGCCUCUGCUGCUGAACUCCUUAAGCGUAUGACUAGCUUUUUGGAUCUCGUGUAUCAAAUGGUACAGAAUAGAGGAUUGGUCCAGUUGUGGAUUCUUCACUGAUUUAGAAUAGGUUUAGUUUGAUUUAGUUUAUUUCUACUUGUGAUGUCAUUGUUUAAAAGGAGUACUUCAUAAUUUUUAAACUGAUCUUAAUCUACUGCAUCUGUAGCAUCUGCAGCACAGUAAUUUUUUGGAAUAUUGGAAUCUAAUGGGCAGAUCCUGAAGCAAAGGAUCCAUUCUCUUCUAUAGUGACUGCGUUUUAAGAUAUGACUUAAGUAGAGAGAUUGGGUUGAAAGACACUGACUGGAGAGUGUUCCUUUAACUAAUGACAAAAGCCUUAAUACUGUUAUGGAAAUAUAUAUAAAUAACUGUUUCUGCACCUCAAAUGGCGCUUUACCCAUAAUCCCCAUAGUAUGAAAGGGAACUGGAGGGUACUUGACACUUUGGGGAUGAGGGCAUUUGUAAGAUAAUGAAUGAAAAUGUAAAAUACGUCAAAUAAAAUCAAUUUAAUAAGGGAUCCUGUGGAUGCCACAGGGAUUUGUAUAGGCCACUUUCUAAUGUUUCAUGCUAAUUGCUCAACAUAGCCUUCUUUAAUAUUUAAUUGUAUUAAUGCAAUGUUAAUUAUUUUUCAGCAAUAUUGACUGUCCUGAAUCUGUCCUUACCUGAAACUAUGUGCACUGCCUUUGGAUGUUAGAAGCCUCUUUUGUCAUGUACAUUUGUGAGUGUGUGUAUGUGUGUGUACAGUAGAUGUAUGUGUGCGCCUAUAAUUCUCUUCUGUGAAUCUUUAUGUGUAUGAACACAAUGGUUAUAAAGGUGUGUGUGUGUGUGUGUGUGUGUGUGUGUCAUAAUGUGACCUGUCUCUGAUCUGUUCUGUAGGUGAGCGUUUCUCCUAAACCCAAUGUUUUCUACACCCUGUGUUUUCUUUCAUCUAAAGCCCUAUUCAGACGGGAUUAGUUUCUCAGGGGGACGUCUGUGAAAAUGUUUUCACACUUCUACUCAGUGAUAAAACUCUUGCAUCCGGAAUUCAAUUGACAAAACAGGAGGACCAGUGAGUUUUUUUUUUUUUUUUGGCUUUCUCGGUCAUGACAUCGCGUUCAGUAGCUCCUCCAUUUCCACUUACUUUUAUGUGUACAUGGAUCUCUGUGGAAAUGCACACCCAUUGUGUAAUUGCCAUAUCAUUAAUGCGUGGCAGUGGACAGAUAGCUAUUUUAUUACACAAGAUGACGAAACUCUGUGCAUCCGGAAAGGAAUAAAAUUACCGGAGGACCACAGAGUUCAGCGAAAAACUGUAGGUAAUUCAGCAUGUAAUUUUCUCAGAGGAUGUCUAAAAGAGAAAAUUACCCAAGGACCCCCUGCGAAUCUAAUCCCCUCCAGAUAGGACUUUAGUUCUGCAUUGGCAUAGAUGUUUAGAUGGAAAUCAUUAAACGAUUUAUUAAAGGAUUACUCCAGAAUUUUUCAAAAUCGGAACUGUUGGCCACAUGAGUAGCAAACAUUUACUUACCACACAUUGCAUUUGAUAUAUACUUAAAAAAGAACUGAAAAUCUGUUAAAGCUUGCUAAUAAUAGAAGCCAAUAGGCAGUCAUUGCUGAAGCUGCCGCCUACUGAUGAUGUCUUUAAUAAGCAUGUUUUAUCUCCAGCAUAAAUGCUGUCUGAUGCAUUUACUCUGAAGUAAAACACUCAUCAUCAAAAAAAAAAUUGCACGCAGAAAGAAGAGUCAGAUUGCAAUGCUAUUUGUAAGAAAGAUAAAGGUUACCAGUAUUAAUAAAUUAAAUUAAAAAUGUAGUUAUGUACAAUAUUUAUUAAGAUACACUUACAGACGCUGUGUGUAAUUUAUGUUAAAAGCAACAUAGAUGCCAGACGACUCAGAAACAGAAAAAGAGUUGUAGAGGUUCCUAAUGGUGUCCUGUGAUAAUCCAUCUCAUGCAGCUUGAAUUUUUUCUCGCAGUACCUGCAGAUUUCGCGAUAUGAGUGGAAUAUCCAGUUGCACACUUUCCAGUAGAUGCACUAUCAACACUACACUCUUACAGCAAAUUCUAUUUUUAAUUUAUUUAAUAUAUAAUUUUCAUUUAUGGCAUUUAGAUAACACUCUUAUUCAGAGCGACUUACAGGGUUAUUUCGAUUACAGGGGUAUUUCGGCCAAUGUAGUGUUUGGAGUCUUGCCCAAGGACUCUUAUUGGUAGCACAGCAUUCAGUCACCCAGACCGGGAAAUGUACGCUAGUCUCCUACAUGAUGUAGCAGCUCACUGGCAGGGGUGGUGUUAUUCACUGUGCCACACCAACCGCACACACAAAAAAUAUAUAAUAUUCAAUCUGCAUGACACCAUUAGGAACCUCUACAAUUCCAUGCCGAGAGGUCAGGCAGGUUUGUUGCUUCCCACAUGAAUUACACACUACUUCUGCAUGUGUAGCUCAAUAAAUAAUGCCCAUAUCAGUUUAAAUGUGUAAAUUAUUUAUUGUUCCAUCAAUAUAGCACUGCAAUCCAUCACUUCCUGGAUUCCUUCUGCAUUUUUGAUUGUUUUGAAAAAAUUCUGGGAUAGUCCUUUACCAGAGUAGUUCAGUGCACUCUGUAACCUGCAGACUUGUUGUUUGAGUGUUUCCUAUUCACACACUUGCCUUCAAACACUUAAUCAGUUGGUAAAUUGGGAAAUAAAUAACUCUUAAAGGGACAUGAUCGGCUUCUGAUGUCUAGUGGUAACAAAGAAAUAUGACGUCUAAAUUAAACUUGUUUACACUGUCUAUGCACUCUGAAUAAAAUGAGAACAAGCUAGA